UGACAAGCUGGCUUCUCUCGGUCUCCUGGGGCCGAUGGGAACGCGGCAAGCGGCGGAAGCGUGCGAUGACUCGCGAGGGCGGGAUUUACUUUUCACCUAAGCCGAGACGACGGAGAGAAAGAAAGAAGUGCAGACCGGAGAGGAGACUGGUUCUUUCCGUGUUUUCUUUUUUUUUUUUCAAGGGGAAGUGGGUAUUGGAUUUGUGGCUGCGGAUUAAAGAAUUGGGGCGAGGUUUGGAGGGAAACUUAUUUGGCUGCGUUCGGUUUUGAUCGGUUCCUGAAGCUGAGACGAUCUGAUAGGUGAAUAUGAGCUGUGGCUGCUUUGGACCUUUACUGUCCAAGAAAAAGCAUCCUCCCCAUCUCAACUAGAUAUGGGCGGGUUAUCGUUUGAUAAGAAAGUAAGGUGUUUCUCCUAUAUUGAGCUGAAAUCAGCAACAGAUAACUUUCACCCAAGCAAUAAGAUUGGUCGGGGUGGUUUUGGAACAGUUUACAAGGGGAUCCUUAGAAAUGGAGAAGCAGUUGCAAUAAAGCUACUUUCUGCAGAAUCAAGGCAAGGGGUUAAGGAAUUUUUAACCGAGAUUGAUACCAUUACAAAUGUUAGGCAUCCAAACCUUGUUGAGCUAAUUGGUUGCUGUGUUGAAGGCAUUAACCGCAUCUUGGUCUACGAAUAUGUUGAAAAUAAUAGUCUAGACCAUGCAUUACUAGGUCCUAAUAGUGACACGGCAAAGCUGAAUUGGAGCACGAGAUCUGCAAUUUGUCUUGGCACUGCCAGGGGGCUUGCAUAUCUUCACGAAGAACUUGAACCACAUAUUGUGCAUCGGGACAUUAAAGCUAGCAAUAUUCUCCUUGACCAAGAUUUUGCCCCAAAAAUUGGAGACUUUGGGUUGGCCAAGCUUUUUCCUGAUAAUGUUACUCACAUCAGCACACGUGUUGCUGGAACAACUGGUUAUUUGGCACCUGAGUAUGCAAUGCAUGGUCAAUUAACAAAGAAGGCUGAUGUGUAUAGCUUCGGGGUCCUUGUACUUGAAAUAAUUAGUGGCAGUAGUAGUUCAAAGACUAUCUGGUCAGACAUGGGGAAGUAUAUCCUGGAAUGGGCAUGGCACCUUUAUGAGCAAGGGAGGCUCAAGGAACUUGUGGAUUCAUCGCUUAAAGAAUAUCCAGAAGAUCAAGUGGUCAGAUACAUCAAAGUAGCCCUUUUCUGCACCCAAGCAGCAAGCGGGCGGAGGCCAUCCAUGUCCCAGGUUGUAGAGAUGCUGUCCAAGCCUACACGACUCAAUGAGAAGGAAUUGACACCGCCAGGUUACAUGGAAGGCUCUACAAGGAUGAGUAUAGGCUCAAAAGCGACGAGCUCAAGCAACUUGGCAUUCAAGGAUUCAUCUCCCAUGUACUCCGCUCCAUUCACCUCGAAUCCCGUUUCCUUUUCUGAAGUAGUUCCAAGGUGACUUCUGCCCGUAAGUGGAAGAACGUCAUCAACACAGCCGGUGGGGGAAUGUCGUUGUACGCAGAGCCAGCAGCAUCGAGGCAGAGGACAUAUUUCUAGUCUGAAGGGAGGCAUUUGGUAAGAGCGAGUUUCUCAUGCGCAAUUUUAAUCAUGAUCCGUAUGUUUCUAUCAUCUCCAAACAGCGCAUGCUCAAACUGUAUUACUUGUAUAAUUAUUCAUUGUGAGAAAAAUGCACCAUGGCCAUACGUAUUUCAAUGUACAAUGAAAUGGCAGCUUCCUUAGGGAGCAUGAUGCU